AUGAAUUUGAAAAUAAAUACCAGUUCAGCUAAUCCUGAGGUCGAAGAUGAUCAGCCUGUAAGCCCUCAAGCUCAGUAUCUCAACAGUGAAGUUCUUUGUAUAAGCAUUCUCGCGGUUUUUGAGUCGGAGAUCCCCAUUGAUGACUCUCAAGCUACGUGCACGUUGGAGAACCUCUUCUUGCCCAUAAACCCUCGGUUCUCUUCGAUUAUGUGGGCGAGAGGAGGAGGAGAUGGGUUGAUAGGGUUGUCGCUUGGCCCACAGAAGAGCCUUGCUGAAAUUUUUCAGGAUGAUACUGUUAGAACCACUCCAAUCCUUGAGUAUCCAUCUCGUCCAGCAAAUCAUAAUGCAUUUGACAGUGGUGAACCAGUACGUUCUUCUGAAAGUCAUCUUACUUUUCAUAAUGAUACGGCUUCUCCAGGUGGGCUGCGACUGAGUAGAAAUGCCCAGAAUGUUGUUGGACUUCAAAAGAGGGCAUCUCAAACUUUUGCGUCUGUUUUGGCUUCUUCUGUUUCAAAGAACAAGACACCUGAUGCGCACCAAGUGGGAACGGCUUCUAGCCCUUCCCUCCCAAAUGCAGGUGUGCAGCUGGGCAUCAAUGAUCAUCAAAUUGACAAUGGUUCACACUCGCCCAGUGGUGCAACAUCUGACCGAGUUGACUCUACUGAUCUUUUGGCUGCUUUAUCACACAUGAAACUGUCGGGCACUAAUGCAGUGGAUGCCAACGACAUGUCGCACUCAAAUCGCAAUCGAGAAAUUGAGGCUCAGCAGAAUUUUUUCCUUGACUUGAGAAGUUCUCAGAGCCAUGUUAAGCAAUGUUCAUUCCCAAAAGAUUUGGAGUCACGACAUUCGAGUGUCUCCUCUAUCUCAAAAUCAGCAAUAUCCUCUUAUCUUGAUUCCUCCAACAGCAAUAUAGGCUCAGCAGACUUUAACAACACAGUAAUGAGGUCAAGUGCGCCAGUUGAACUUCACAGAUCUCCUGUUAGUUCUAACUCAUAUCAUCAUCAGAAAGCUGCUACUACAAAUGCAGCUGUUCCGAGCUAUGGAUUGAAUGGUUACUCAACUAAUCCAGUUUUAUCACCAAUGUUGGCGAAUCAUAUUGGCACGGGAAAUUUACCUCCUCUCUUUGAGAAUGCUGCUGCCGCCUCUGCAAUAGCUGCUUUAGGUGUGGAUUCUGGGGUACUUGGCAGUUUAAAUGUAUCUACAGGAUUACAUAAUCCUACUCGUAUUGGAAAUCACUCGGCUGCUGCUCUCCAAAUGCACCUCGCUCAUAUUCAGUACUUGAAGACAGCAGAAGCACAAGCUGCUGCCAACUUCGUUGAUCCAUCCAUAGAGAGGGGCUACAUGGGUGGUGCUUAUCUGGACUUGUUAGGAAUGCAGGAGGCCUACCUCGGUGGUUUGCUUCAACAGCAAAAGCAAUAUGGUGCUCCUUUCCUAAAUAAAUCUGGGCCUGCUAGUCCUGGUGGUUACUAUGGCAAUCCUGCUUUUGGCCUGAAUAUGUCAUUUCCGGGAAGCCCUUUAGCAAAGUCUAUUCCUUCUUCUCCAUUUGGAGCUGCCAGUCCUGUAAGGCUUGCUGAACGUAACCUACGGUUUCAUUCUGAUGUGAAUAGUUAUGCAGGAGGUUUUCCAUCCAGCCUGCUGGAGGAGUUCAAAAGCAGCAAGGCUAGGUCCUUUGAGCUUUCUGAUAUUGCAGGCAACGUUGUCAAAUUCAGUGCUGAUCAGUAUGGAAGCCGUUUUAUACAACAAAAACUUGAGACAGCCACAACUGAAGAGAAAGACAUGGUUUUUGAAGAGAUAAUGCCUCAAGCUCUUUCGUUGAUGACUGAUGUUUUUGGGAAUUAUGUGAUCCAAAAGUUCUUUGAGCAUGGAAGUGCAUCUCAGAUCAGGGAGUUGGCAAACCAGCUUAGUGGUCAUGUAUUGGCAUUGAGCUUACAGAUGUAUGGCUGUCGUGUUAUCCAGAAGGCACUCGAAGUUAUCAAUUUGGAUCAGCAGACUAAGAUGGUUGCGGAGCUUGAUGGCCAUAUUAUGCGUUGUGUACGUGAUCAAAAUGGGAACCAUGUUAUCCAGAAAUGUAUAGAAUGCAUCCCUGAGGACGCAAUUCAUUUUAUCAUUUCAUCCUUCUAUGAUCAUGUCGUAACAUUAUCGACUCAUCCAUAUGGCUGUCGUGUCAUACAGAGGGUAUUGGAGCAUUGCCAUGAUCCUGAAACACAGAAGAUUGUAAUGAAUGAGAUUAUGCAAUGUGUUUGCUUGCUGGCACAGGAUCAAUAUGGAAAUUAUGUUGUCCAGCAUGUACUGGAGCAUGGAGAACCUCAUGAACGGUCUGAAAUCAUUAAGCAAUUAGCUGGGCAGAUAGUUCAGAUGAGCCAACAGAAGUUUGCUUCAAAUGUCGUUGAGAAGUGUCUGACAUUUGGUGGUCCUGUUGAACGUCAAAUAUUGGUGAAUGAGAUGCUCGGUACCACUGAUGAAAAUGAGCCACUGCAGGCAAUGAUGAAAGAUCAGUUUGCAAACUAUGUUGUACAGAAAGUCCUGGAGACCUGCAACGACCAGCAACGUGAGCUGAUUCUUUCUCGUAUAAAGGUUCAUCUAAACGCACUGAAGAAAUAUACUUAUGGAAAGCACAUAGUUGCUCGUGUAGAGAAACUUGUAGCAGCUGGAGAGAGAAGAAUCGGACUUCAGCCCUCAUAUCCCUAUUAGAUGGUGUAGGAAAGUUGUACAGUAACCGAAGGCAGUGCGAGGGCGUUCUUCUAUCUAUCUGUCUACCUAUAUAUCUAUAGUAUCUAUGUUAGUUAAAGUACAAGCUAAUCCAAUAAAAAUGUAAGCCUGUAUUGAGAAUUGUACAUUUUUAGUCGAAGGCUAUAGCAAAUAUUGACAAAGCUACAGGGAGAAUGCAGUAUCACAUAUGGGUGUAAAGGAACGGUAAAGAAAAGAUCCUGAGGCAAAUGGGGACUGUAUAAAUGUUGCAGUAUCGAAAGGGGUCUGUUGUUUAGAAGCGUCGAGGGUUUUAUGUUCUCGUAGAGAUAUUGGAUGUUACAAACCUAUAAACAGUUUUUUUUUUUUGUUCAGUUUAAUCUAUUUAGUUUAAGGUAUACAUCGUCAUGUAUAUGGGCUUUCUUUGGACCGUUAAGAUAUUGGAGGUUUUGUACGAUUUCCUAAA